CUACAAAACCACUUUUGCUAAAGUGCCUGACGCUCGUUUCAUCCCACUACUACAUAGCCCCUCCGUUCGUUAUUAUAGCCCUGUCAUUCGUUUUUGACGGAUUUUGCUGCUCGCCUUCAAACUUGACAAGCGGUAUUUCCGCCGGAGUUCGUCUCUGGUAUGCUCAUAAUUCUUGAUCUGCUGCCACUGCUGAGUUCUUAAAUGUCCCAGCUCCCGACCAAACCACAGAAUUCCUCGCCUGAUGCACAACUGCUGCAGUCACGUCCGACUGCACAGAGACACUUGACCUCUGGUUCCAUAGAUACGAAUGCAUCUGGAUUGGCAGACAGUACCAUAAGCUUCGCAGGUUCACUUCAUCUCGGCCGAUUUCCUGCUCCUCCAUUAUCCAUUCCCGGUACUCCCGCACAGUCUGAGUACAGUCCCUCUAUCGCUGGUUCAGGCUUUUCUUAUCGAACUGGGAGUACAACACCCAUUCUUCCGCGACGGAAAAAAUCGAAUGCUGUUACCCCAGCUUCAGGGUCCCCGACUAUUGUACAUAGGCCACUACCUUCACCUAAGUCGAAUUUCUCAGCUGGGCACAACAGAAAACCCACGGAGGCUGUUAAAUCACCGCCAUCAUCACUAAAGUCUCGAACAAUAUCACCCUAUGAUUGGCACGAGGGAGCUUCUAGUAUAGAUGUGGAUGCCGCAGAGGACCGACUCCUUCCCACUAACUUCAUCACGUCACUCCUUCAAGAAAAUACAACUGUUCGACGUGCUUCGAUAAGCAGCGACGCGUACAGUGGCUUCUCAGAAAUGACUUACCCUCCGGUCAUGCGGUAUCCUGGCCCAUCUGAAAGACCACCGCCUCUUCCUACGCCCUUAUCACAGAGAGCACCCCUUUCAAAACCGCAAGGCGCUCGUCCACCACCCAGUGCAUUUUCUCCCAUCCCUGAAGCUGUUGGCCAUGUAUCGGAUGAUUCUGAUACACUCGCUUCAAACAGUGAAUUUACGACAACAGUAAUCAGAUCUGCAAGUAUCUCCCGAGGUCUCAGCUUAGUGGGAGCCUCUGUCGUAGGUGUAGCACCUGCUAGACUACAGAGUUAUUCAAGUGGCACCCCCAUUGACGUGCGUGACUGCUUGACACCCAGUGAUGAUAGAACUUUGUCAUACGGCCCAUUCGGGAAUAUCUCUUCUCAUCAUCAGAGCGCAGCCCUACCCUCUUCUUCAAUGCAAGCGAAUUUUCCUCCUGACUAUCCACGGGUUUCGCCAUCUCGGCAGUCUAUUCGUUCUACUAAAAGUUUUGUUCCAUCGGUCAUUUCGCGAAUAUCAGAAACUGGACGCUCUAUAGCCCGAGGUUUGCCCUGGAAAAGGAAACCUUUGCCUCCUGUGCCAACAAUACCUCAUAUACCAAUUGCUGCCGAGAAUCAGUCGCGUCUCGAAGAAUCGCGUGUCCCGCUACCUCAACUAGUCGCCCGAGCAGAUAUGUUGAAUGGAUUAUUAGAAAAAGGCUACCAUCCGCAUCAGAGCAUUGACUCGUAUUACGGUGCUUUACCCAAGGAAGAUUCGCAUACGUCGGCAUUAGAAGGGAGCGAUGGUUAUGUGCAUGUACAAGACGGUGGAAGCUUAUCGACGGAUCUGUCGGGUCAGCUCAAACCCAACAGAGCAAUGAAGCCUCCUAACCCCAACAGAAAGCGAUACCUCAUCGUCCUUGCUAUAUUCAUUGUUAUUGCUGCAGCUGCUAUUGGUGCAGGUGUUGGUGUGUCCAUCAGCCGCAAGGGUUCUUCUACAGUACCCGUGUGUUCCAACGCAAAUACCACGGGGUUAUCUUGUGACCUAGAUGCGACUUGUGUGUGUACAUCGAGUGUGUCUGGACAAUGUAACGGCCUUGCGCAAAGCGUCGUUACUCUAACGCCUACCAUGAAUCAGCUCUUCAAUAUAAAUUAUUCUGUGGACGAGGUAUAUACAGCUAUAUGGCUGGCGGACGGUUCACCUACCGGUAGCAACUGUGCAUCUCAAGCUCUUCUUAUCGACACCCCCGGCCUUUCAUCAGCGACUACUCCCAAUCGUACAAGCUGGGCAAGGUCUGCCAUGCUCUGGAACCUGGUUCAGUCUCAGGAUGUCACCGCUAUACAUAAUCUGCAGUCUUUCACAAACAGUGCACCAUGGUCUACUCUUAGCUCUGAUGGACCCAUCACCGGGAAAUCUUCGUCGUUUUCUGUCACCGUGUCUGGUUUCACGUUCGACUUUGCCGAUCAGACUAUAACUCAACCUGCUGUGAGCUUUACUGACAAUGGACAACCGGUCAGUGCACAAAUUUCUCGAAUAGGAAGCACGGCAUUAGCAGCACUCAAUCGUAUGUAUACUUAUGCAGCUGCUUCUUCGACACAACGUUCGAAUGCGCUUGAACUCUACUGGGUGAAUGUUUUAGGUCAAAGAGCAAGCGACUUAUCCAAUUUUCGAUCCGCCGUGAUAUCGUCGUCGAUUUUGAUCCCUUUUGACGCCACCUACAAUGCGAGCUCACAAGCUCUAGCAAACCAAAUGACGAAUUCCACCACGCAGGCGUUUCCGGUCCCUCUCUCUUGUUAUCCUGGAUUGAAUAGCACACAAAUUCAGCAGAUAAACGAUAUUGAGCAGACAGUAUACGGAUUAUCCGCGGUCUCGCCUGUUUCCUCCUUCGAUACUUCUUGCUAUCCUGACCGUCCCUUGUACGGUGUGUUGGAUGUGUUGCGACUUCGUCUUCCUUUCGUUGACUCUCGCACUGGGGUCGCCAUGCAAGCGGUAUCCCUGCAGCACGUUGUCAGCCCGAGAGCUGUGGUCCGCAGAGGUGAAGUCCUGAGUGCCUUACCCUUGUCAUCCAACGCUUCUGCCUUCACCGCAGCUACAAGCAACCCUCGGAGCUAUGGUACCCUCAACAACUUUGACCAUGUUCUACUCGAUUAUCUAUAUUCUAUCCCAGAUGUCAAUGUCGCUACCGCAUUGGCGUCCUUUCUUCUGUCGACUUCGAAUGCCGCUCCUCCCUCCAAUACAUCUACGUUAGCCAAUUCCAUCGGAACCAUCCCGUCCUUGGAAGUAGCCAUUUUUGGAUCUGUACUUCCCUCGGAUAUAAAUUCUGUAAUCUCAUCUUUCGUGACACCAACUGGCGCUCUUUUUUUUGGUUCAACUCAGGGGCAAUCUAUGCGCGAUUGGGCUAUCAUCGGCACAGGUACCUCUGUCGUUUGGGCCGAAAGCGCUUUUUCGACGCAAGUGGUUCGAGAUUCCUCCCUAUCAGACACAACGUUCGAGGCAAUUUGGGAUAACGCUGCUUUGGCCAUUGAUAACAAUGUGCAAAAUGUCGGUGUGGGGAAUAUUACGAGCUCUUUGCAAUCUACAGGAAAAUUUUCUUCAUGACGAAUUCAUUUAUUUUAGUAUUCUUAUUGUUCCCUGCAUAUGUGGUACAUACUCUUUAUGUAUGGUAUGCUCUUCAUUGGAAUUGGUUUAUCCGUUAGCAUUGCUGUACCGUAGUUGCACAUUCCUACUUGCUAUAUUGUUCACUUGCUCACUUAGUUUUGGAUGCAAUUCAUCCUAGUGACAAAUACAUGUUUCUGUUAUCACGUGA